GCGAGGAGUGACUUCUCAGGUCCACGUGACUCUCCCGGGGCUGGAAGAAAAGCAGAAGGCAGGCUGCUGGGGAGUUCCAUUAUAUUCAAAUAUAUUCAUUUUCUAGGAGCCACUCCGGAGCACCAACUCGCAGCGACCGCUCCUGCCAGCAGCCCCAAGAAGCAACCCGCCGCCGCCGCCGCCGCCAGCGAGCGACUCUCCUCACCCGCCAGCCCGCCCGACUCCAGAUUUCCCCGCGCGAGCUUUUCCACGAGUCUUGUUCCACACUGGCUGUCAAGAACCAUGGACUGUUUCUAUAUGCCUUGUUUUCUGUCAAGACACCAUGACGCCUGGUAACCGAAUGCUGAUGGUCAUUCUAGUAUGCCAAGUCCUGCUAGGCGGUCCUAACCAUGCCAGUCUGAUACCCACCGAGCCUGGCAAGAAGAAGGUGGCCGGCGACCUGCACCAGCACCAGCAGCGAGGAGGCGGCGGGGAAGGCGCCUCGGGGUCUCCGCGCCGCCCGUUCCCAAACCAUGAGCUCUUGCGGGGCUUCGAGGCCACCCUCCUGCAGAUGUUCGGGCUGCGCAGGCGGCCGCAGCCCAGCAAGGCGGCGGUCAUCCCCUCCUACAUGCUGGAUCUCUACCGCCUCCAGUCCGGGGACGAGGAGGAGAAGCUGCACGACCUCAGCCUCCAGUACCCGGAGAAAUCCACCAGCCGCGCCAACACCGUGAGGAGCUUCCACCAUGAAGAGCGCCUGGAGCACAUGCCCAGCAGCGGCCCCGGGAGCCCCGCGCUGCCGCCGCGCUUCCGCUACUUCUUCAACCUCAGCAGCGUGCCGUCCAGCGAAGCCAUUUCUUCCGCGGAGCUGAGGCUCUUCCGACAGCAGAUCCGGGAGGAGGCGGAGGAGCAGCCGCAGCCGCCGCGGGAGGAGGAAGAGGCCGCGGCUUGGGAGCGGGGCUUCCACCGGAUCAACAUUUACGAGGUGAUGAAGCCCGCGCCGGGGGGCGACUUGGUCACCAGGCUGCUGGACACUCGCCUGGUGCAUCACAACGUGAGCCGCUGGGAGAGCUUCGACGUGAGCCCCGCGGUCGUCCGAUGGACCACAGGCGGCCAGCCCAACCACGGGCUGGCCGUGGAGGUUGUCCACCUCCACCCCACGCAGACUCACCAGGGCAAACAUGUCCGGAUUAGCCGCUCUUUACCUCAAGGGGGCCGCCUGGAGGCCGCCGAAUGGGCUCGCCUCCGGCCGCUGCUGGUCACCUUCAGCCACGACGGGCGGGGCCAGUCGCUGCUCACGCGGCGGGCCAAGCGCAGCCCCAAGCACGCGCACCCGCGGCCGCGCAAGAACAAGAAGAACUGCCGCCGCCACGCCCUCUAUGUGGAUUUCAGCGACGUGGGCUGGAACGACUGGAUCGUGGCCCCGCCGGGCUACCAGGCCUUCUACUGCCACGGGGACUGCCCCUUCCCCUUGGCCGACCACCUCAACUCCACCAACCACGCCAUCGUGCAGACCUUGGUGAACUCCGUCAACGCCAGCAUCCCCAAGGCCUGCUGCGUGCCCACCGAGCUCAGCGCCAUCUCCAUGCUGUAUUUGGACGAGUACGACAAAGUGGUCCUGAAAAACUACCAGGAAAUGGUGGUCGAAGGGUGUGGGUGUCGCUAAAUGGCGGUGGUGGGGGGAGAAACACGUGUUGCCCCUUCCACACGACCUCUCUGCCCGCCCGCCCGUCCGUCCCAAAUCCGCAGGCACUGGGCAGCAGAGCGGGGGUAAAGGCCUCUCCUCUCCCUCGUCCCCCUUA